AUGAAUAAUAAUAGCAAUAACAAUAACAAAUAUAUGUGUAUGGAAGUGGGUUACAAUGAUCCUGAUAAAGAAUAUGAAACCCUUGAUGAUGACACUUAUACAGAUAAUUUUUCUAUACCCACAUCAUCAACAACAACUUCUUUGAUAAAUACUGAUCAAAAUAGCUAUUGUAUUGAUUUUAAUGAAGAGUCAUUAAGCAAUGUAAAAAAAUUUAUUGAAAAUUCUGAAGAAUUUUUAGAUAGAAAAGAUGAUAAUGAUAUAGAUUGGUUAUCAUCAGAUUUUGAUGUGCAAUCUGAUGUGGGUUCUUUGUGGGCUUCAACCAUUGACGAGUUUGAAGAUUCUAAAAUCAUUGAUGAAAAUCAUCGAAGAUACAAUAGUAUCAUAAUGGGUGAGCCAUUAACUCCAACGAAUCAACAAUGGUCAGUAAAAGUUAAAAUCUCACCAAUAUCUUUGAAUGAAAAAAAGAAAUCAAAAAAGAAGAAUUAA